AUGGCCAAAGACCUGGGCAACCCACCACGCAGCAGCAUGGUGUGUUCACACACACGCACAGACAUGCACUGAUCCAGUGGUGCUUCAUGCUAACAUGCUCAGACACUUCUAUGAACACAACACAUGUGUGCAUCCACACACACACUAAGACCAAGUGCGACACUGUCCUGUGUCCUCUCCAUCUCCCAGGUGGUGGUGGGUGUCCAUGUGCUGGACAUCAAUGACAACGACCCCAUUCUGUUCAACCUGCCCCACAACACCAGUGUGAGAGAGGGGGCGUUCAUCCACACUUCGGUUACCACGGUCCAAGCACGGGACGUGGACAGUGGACGCAACGCCCUGCUCACCUACAACAUCACUGCCGGAAACCACGAUGGAGCCUUCUACAUCAAUGACACUGUGAGUGAGUGAGUGAGUGAGUGAGGAUGAAAGGUUACAGAGAGAGAGUAAAGGGGUAGAAGAAGGGGAGAGAAGGGCUUGUUCUGAAAAACAAGUAAGGAGAAGUAGAAAAAUGUAGACAAACAAAAAUAAAUACAUAAAAAGUCAGGAGCUAGGUUUCCAUCCAAUUGGUGACAGAUUUUCAUAUGAAUAUUCUAAAAUCCCCAUCAUGAAAAUAUGCGCAUUUUCCCACCAGUGGUGUGUUUCCACCAAACAGAAAUGUUCUGGAUAAAAACCGGUGUGAUGACAUAAUCAGUGUGAUGCACACAAAAUGUAAUUUUCCACUUAAGUUUUCAUUUACCAAAUAGAAAUUGAAAGUUCGAUGGGUUUCCAUCACAUUUUCAACUCUACCGAUAGUUUUGUCACAAAAACUGUUGCGUUAAAUAGCAAAUGUGCCUGCUCUGGUCUUGGCACGUGCGCUCUAGCCAACAGCUCACAGAUACAGUGCGGGUAGGCUGUGUGGGUUGGCUAGUCGACAUGAUGAGAUUAUUAUGGAUAAGAGCGAGAAUAUGUUGAUUUGUCAAACGUCGGUCAAGCACUGUUCAUCAUGUCACCAGAAUAAGACCCUCGAAAUGUAUUGGAAAGGAGCAUCAAGCUCAUCACUGUGCACUUUCACCACUCUGUGAAGUUCAUCAUCAUUUAUUUCCUCUGUAGCCUAAUAAACUGCAUGAUUUCUCCAAAUUUACUUCGAUAUGGUGGUUAUUAUAUUAAUAUUUGUGCAUAAAGGCGUUUCCACCGCCAUUUUUCGCAUAAUUAAUUUUACAGACACAAAAAGAUCCCACCAUGUCGAACAAAGAAAUUAUCUGUCUGCAUUUAUGUAAUUGUACCAAACUGUGGAUGGAAACGUGGUUAUAGAGAGGCAUUGAAAAGGGAAGGAUAUGGUAUAAUUGAUGAGUCAUGUCUAUCCUCCAUCUUGUGCACAAUCACUCCCCCCAUUCUGUCUCUCUCUCCCCCUCUCAGACAGGGGUGGUGCAGGUGAACAGGCCUCUGGACAGAGAGAGGGUGGGGGAGUACAGACUGACCAUCACUGUCAAAGACAACCCUGAGAAUCCCCGCAUCGCUCGCCGGGUACUGUGCCACACACUCUCACACUCACUCACUCUCAAAUAAGUCAGGACUGAUACUGGACCACUCAGGAACUACUCAACACCUCUUGGAAAGCUAUUUUGGUGUGUUUUUGGCAUUAACAUUUGUGGAAAUGUCCCACUGAAAAAUAAACUAUAUCCCUGGGUGAGGUUCUCAGAAGACUGAGGCAGGUUUUCCUCUAACUUUUUACCUGGGCUUUGCUCCUUUCAUAGUUAGUUUGAUCCUGACAAACUCCCCAGGCCCUGCCGUUGACAAGCAUACACAUAACAUGAUGCUGCCACCACAAUACUUGAAAAUACAGAGGGUUUCACUCUGGGUUGUGUUGUAUUGUAUUGGAUUUAACCCAAACCUGUAGUUUUUAAUUUCGGUCAAAAAGUUAAUUUCUUUGCCGUGUUGUCUUGCAGUAUUACUAAACGGCCUUGUUGCAACCAAUGGAUGAUUUGGAGUGGAUUUCUUAACACAGGCUUCCUUCUUUUCACUUUAUCAUACAGGCCAGUAAUAUGGAGUGAAUGCAAUGUUGUUGAUCCUCUGUAUUUUCAAGUAUUGUGAUAUGCAUUUUUGUCCAUAUUGCCCAGCUCUACAUAGAUGGCAUUAUUCAAUGAUACAACGUGACUCUCAAAUAUUGCAUGGAAUGACAGCUAUUUGCUUUUUUAUUGAGAACAUUUCUCACCUUCUUCCCUUCCCCUCCCUCCUUUCCUACCCCAUUCACCCUUCCCUCCCCAAUCCAUCACUCUCUCCCUCCCUGCAUCCCUUUCUCUAGGACUCAGACCUGCUGGUGAUCACAGUUCUGGAUGAUAAUGACAACAGGCCCAUAUUCACACAGACCAGCUACCGGGCUGAGAUCACUGAGAACUCCCCCUCAGGUACCAACCUCACUGGUGUGUUUUUCUGACUUUCUCUCUGUAUCUGUCACUCUGUGCAUUUGCCUGGCUGGUGGGCAAACUGUCUUGACUGUCUGGCUAGCUUACUGGAGGGCUACAGGGCUGUCUGAGAUUUUGUGUCACUGAUCUACACACAAUACCCCAUAAUGUCAAAGUGGAAUUUAGAUUUUUAGAAUUUUUUACAAAUUAAUAAAAAAUUAAAAGCUGAAAUGUCUUGAGUCAAUAAGUAUUCAAACCCUUUGUUAUGUCAAUCCUAAAUAAGUACAGGAGUAAAAAUGUGCUUAACAAGUCACAUAAUAAAUCAAAUCAAAUUGUAUUUGUCACAUGAAAUGCUUCCCAACAAUGAAAUAAAAGAUCCCCGAAAUGUUCCAUAUGCACGAAAAGCUUAAUUCUCUCAAAUGUUUUGCACAAUUUGUUUACAUCCCUGUUAGUGAGCAUUUCUCCAUUGCCAAGAUCCACCUGACAGGUGUGGCAUAUCAAGAAAAAUAUUAAUACUAGAACCGCUAAAACAGGCAUUUUGACUGCUCAUGAAUUUAUUUAUUUUAUUACUCUGCCAAUUUUUAAAGUAAUGCCCCACUCUGUCCUUGACUUUUCCUAAAUAAGUCUAUAUAACACACUGCCGUUUUUAGAAUCGUAAUAUCACAAACAGAACUGGAGUUCUAACCAGUUUUAGGAGGGCAUUCCAUUAUUGGAAUGGUUUCCCCUCAUUUCCCCUCCUUCUCCCGACAAUAGGGUCUGCUCUGCUCAUUCUCCUUACAUUGGAAGGUGCAGUGGCCAGUUGAUAAUCACCCCGAUAAUUGCCUCAAAACUGAACCUAAACUAUAUCGAAACUAAUUUCACACAUAUGACAACAGAUUAAAUAAAUUAAGUAAAGUAUGAUGGGGGAGAAUGGGUGAGUUGAUGAGCGAGGGGAAGUGGACAAUGCAUAAUUAUGUAAUCACCAAUUGUGAAUGAAGAACAGGGUGGGCCAAUCUAUUGUAUUGGUAUAUUAUAAUUAUAAUUUCAAAAUGAACCCUAUAUCAGUCCUCCAAAUCCAAGUAGUCUUGUCAGUCUACUCUGGCCUACUAGGAAUACACAGUGAGAGUGUGCGUCAUUUACAAUGGCACGAAGACCAAGACGAAUGAAUGCACAUGCUGUGUUAGCACUGCUACAAGAUCUGAAUGAAAACGACUCAGAUGGUGGGGAAGAAAUUAAUUAUGACAUCUCUGAUGAUUAUUCUUCUGAUUCUGAGCCUCAGCCUGAACCUACACCUCUGAGGCCUAAGCACAAAAAAGCCAGAACGGUACGCACUGAGCAGGUGCCUGCGCCACCACCAAAUUAAACUGUGAGAAAGGAGAGAGGAAGGGACUGCACCGUUUAGGAAAAUAUCAACAUCGGGCAGCAGGUGAGUGAGUGUCGGAGAAUGUGGUGAUGAGGCUUGUGGAACCUUACUUUGGCAAGGGGAGAAAUGUCACUAUGGACAAUUUCUUCACUUUACGGUCAUUGGCGAACAAGUUCCUUGCAAAUGAACAAAGGGAGACAAAGGGAGACGGGAGUUCCCUCCUUCUGCGCAAAAUAAGGCACCUGCACAGCCAUUGUACUCCACAACAGUGCUGAAGAAUGACAACACUCACACUAUACCAAUGCAAGGCAAGAAAGAACGUUUCUGUCAUGAGAACCAUGCAUCCGACAGUUGCCAUCAACGGAGACACAAUAAAGAGAAAACCGGAUACUAUUGUGCACCACAACCAAACAAAGGUAUGCCAUAAAUAGAUAAACCUAUGCAAUACAUUAUGCUCUUCUAUAUAACACGUGUUGUUUUUCCUAUGGGAAAAUAAUCCUAAUAUUUUCUACUCUAUUCUGUUCCAUAGGUUGGUGUGGAUGUUUUGGAUCAGAUGGCAUGGCUGUCCUCUGUGAAAGGAGGCACCCGCCACUGGCCUGUUGCUGUGCUCUACGACAUGCUUGACUUGGCUGCUACUGUAUCAACGCACACGUGUUGUUCAAGCAGUGAAUGAACAACACCAUGCCCAGGAGAGACUUCAUCAUGAGUCUAGCAUACGGGCUACGUGAGAGACAUACAGUGAGGGGAAAAAAGUAUUUGAUCCCCUGCUGAUUUUGUACGUUUGCCCACUGACAAAGAAAUGAUCAGUCUAUAAUUUUAAUGGUAGGUUUAUUUGAACAGUGAGAGACAGAAUAACAACAAAAUAAUCCAGAAAAAACGCAUGUCAAGAAUGUUAUAAAUUGAUUUGCAUUUUAAUGAGGGAAAUAAGUAUUUGACCCCCUCUCAAUCAGAAAGAUUUCUGGCUCCCAGGUGUCUUUUAUACAGGUACCGAGCUAAGAUUAGGAGCACACUCUUAAAGGGAGUGCUCCUAAUCUCAGCUUGUUACCUGUAUAAAAGACACCUGUCCACAGAAGCAAUCAAUCAAUCAGAUUCCAAACUCUCCACCAUGGCCAAGACCAAAGAGCUCUCCAAGGAUGUCAGGGACAAGAUUGUAGACCUACACAAGGCUGGAAUUGGCUACAAGACCAUCGCCAAGCAGCUUGGUGAGAAGGUGACAACAGUUGGUGCGAUUAUUCACAAAUGGAAGAAACACAAAAUAACUGUCAAUCUCCCUCGGCCUGGGGCUCCAUGCAAGAUCUCACCUCGUGGAGUUGCAAUGAUCAUGAGAACGGUGAGGAAUCAGCCCAGAAAUAGACGGGAGGAUCUUGUCAAUGAUCUCAAGGCAGCUGGGACCAUAGUCACCAAGACAACAAUUGGUAACACACUACGCUGUGAAGGACUGAAAUCCUGCAGCGCCCGCAAGGUCCCCCUGCUCAAGAAAGCACAUAUACAGGGCCGUCUGAAGUUUGCCAAUGAACAUCUGAAUGAUUCAGAGGAGAACUGGGUGAAAGUGUUGUGGUCAGAUGAGACCAAAAUCGAGCUCUUUGGCAUCAACUCAACUCGCCGUGUUUGGAGGAGGAGGAAUGCUGCCUAUGACCCCAAGAACACCAUCAACACCGUCAAACAUGGAGGUGGAAACAUUAUGCUUUGGGGGUGUUUUUCUGCUAAGGGGACAGGACAACUUCACCGCAUCAAAGGGACGAUGGACAGGGCCAUGUACCGUCAAAUCUUGGGUGAGAACCUUCUUCCCUCAGCCAGGGAAUUGAAAUGGGUCGUGGAUGGGUAUUCCAGCAUGACAAUGACCCAAAACACACGGCCAAGGCAACAAAGGAGUGGCUCAAGAAGAAGCACAUUAAGGUCCUGGAGUGGCCUAGACAGUCUCCAGACCUUAAUCCCAUAGAAAAUCUGUGGAGGGAGCUGAAGGUUCGAGUUGCCAAACGUCAGCCUCGAAACCUUAAUGACUUGGAGAAGAUCUGUAAAGAGGAGUGGAACAAAAUCCCUCCUGAGAUGUGUGCAAACCUGGUGGCCAACUACAAGAAACAUCUGACCUCUGUGAUUGCCAACAAGGGUUUUGCCACCAAGUACUAAGUCAUGUUUUGCAGAGGGGUCAAAUACUUAUUUCCCUCAUUAAAAUGCAUAUCAAUUUAUAACAUUUUUGAUAUGCGUUUUUCUGGAUUUUAUUGUUGUUAUUCUGUCUCUCACUUAUCAAAUAAACCUACCAUUAAAAUUAUAGACUGAUCAUGUCUUUGUCAGUGGGCAAACAUACAAAAUCAGCAGGGGAUCAAAUACUUUUUUCCCUCACUGUAUGAGGGCCAAGGCAGCAGCAAAGAUUCCACACAAGCCUUUGCGUGAGCCAAAUUACGCACAGCUCCCGGGGAGGAGACAGUGCCAGGUGUCCAGAUGCAUAAAGAACAGAACCCAAGUCACCUAUUUCACCUGCAAGCUACGUUUUUGUGGGAAGUGUGUCAAGCAAGUGAGAGUGGCAAAGAUUUGUGUCGACUGCUAGGACAAGGGAUAACCGCUAAAUGAAAUCCAACUCAUGCCAUUGCGUGAAAACGCAGACCAUGUAAGCAUACAAUAAUUGACUAUUUUGGACUGUUGUCAUAUCGACACAUUCAUUGUAAUGCCAUUAUUGCUUUUGUGUUGAUUUUCGUAACUGACUUCAGUGGGCAAAUGCUCACCUUCGAUGGCCACUGGCAUGUUGGAGAAGUGUGCUCUUCACAGAUGAAUCCCGGUUUCAACUGUACUGGCCAGAUUGCAGACAGCGUGUAUGGCAUCGUGUGGGCAAGUGGUUUGCUGAUGUCAAUGUUGUGGACCGAGUGCCCCAUGGUGGCAGUGGGGUUAUGGUAUGGGCAUUCCUGGAAGCUGAAAAUGUCCCAGUUCUUCCAUAGCCUGCAUACUCACCAGAUAUAUCACCUAUUGAGCAUGUUUGGGAUGCUCUGGAUCGCUGUGUACAACAGCGUGUUGCAGUUCCCGCCAAUAUCAAGCAACUAUGCACAGCCAUUGAAGAGGUUGGGACAACAUUCCACAGGCCACAGUCAACAGCCUGAUCAACUCUAUGCAAAGGAGAUGUGUUGUGCUGCAUGAGGCAAAUGGUAGUCACACCGAUACUGACUGGUUUUCUGAUCCACGCCCCUACUUUCUUUUUAAAGGUACUGUAUCUGUGACCAACAGAUGCAUAUCUGUAUUCCCAGUUAAUUGAAAUACAGUUCAACUGACUCUUUUCCUUAUCAAUCAAUUUUCAAUCAAUUUUAUUUUAUAUAGCCCUUCUUACAUCAGCUAAUAUCUCGAAGUGCUGUACAGAAACCCAGCCUAAAACCCCAAACAGCUAGUAAUGCAGGUGUAGAAGCACGGUGGCUAGGAAAAACUCCCUAGAAAGGCGAAAACCUAGGAAGAAACCUAGAGAGGAACCAGGCUAUGAGGGGUGGCCAGUCCUCUUCUGGCUGUGCCGGGUGAAGAUUAUAACAGAACCAUGCCAAGAUGUUCAAAAAUGUUCAUAAGUGACAAGCAUGGUCAAAUAAUAAUCAGGAAUAAAUCUCAGUUGGCUUUUCAUAGCCGAUCAUUAAGAGUUGAAAACAGCAGGUCUGGGACAGGUAGGGGUUCCAUAACCGCAGGCAGAACAGUUGAAACUGGAAUAGCAGCAAGGCCAGGCGGACUGGGGACAGCAAGGAGUCACCACGGCCGGUAGUCCCGACGUAUGGUCCUAGGGCUCAGGUCUCUCAGUUGGCUUUUCAUAGCCGAUCAUUAAGAGUUGAAAACAGCAGGUCUGGGACAGGUAGGGGUUUCGUAACCGCAGGCAGAACAGUUGAAACUGGAAUAGCAGCAAGGCCAGGCGGACUGGGGACAGCAAGGUGUCAUCAUGCCCGGUAGUCCUGACGUAUGGUCCUAGGGCUCAGGUUCUCAGAGAGAAAGAGAGAACGAGAGAAUUAGAGAGAGCAUACUUAAAUUCACACAGGACACUGGAUAAGACAGGAGAAGUACUCCAGGUAUAACCAACUAACCCCAGCCCCCCGACACAUAAACUACUGCAGCAUAAAUACUGGAGGCUGAGACAGGAGCGGUCCGGAGACACUGUGGCCCCAUCCGAAGAAACCCCCGGACAGGGCCAAACAGGAAGGAUAUAACCCCACCCACUCUGCCAAAGCACAGCCCCCGCACCACUAGAGGGAUAUCCUCAACCACCAACUUACAAUCCUGAGACAAGGCCGAGUAUAGCCCACAGAGGUCUCCACCACAGCACAAACCAAGGGGGGGCGCCAACCCAGACAGGAAGAUCACGUCAGUAACUCAACCCACUCAAGUGACGCACCCCUCCCAGGGACGGCAUGAAAGAGCACCAGCAAGCCAGUGACUCAGCCCCUGCAACAGGGUUAGAGGCAGAGAACCCCAGUGGAGAGGGGAACCGGCCUGGCAGAGACAGCAAGGGCUGUUCGUUGCUCCAGAGCCUUUCCGUUCACCUUCACACUCCUGGGCCAGACUACACUCAAUCAUAUGACCUACUGAAGAGAUAAGUCUUCAGUAAAGACUUAAAGGUUGAGACCGAGUCUGCGUCUCUCACAUGGGUAGGCAGACUGUUCCAUAAAAAUGGAGAUCUAUAGGAGAAAGCCCUGCCUCCCGCUGUUUGCUUAGAAAUUCUAGGGACAAUUAGGAGGCCUGCGUCUUGUGACCGUAGCGUACGUAUUGGUAUGUACGGCAGGACCAACUCGGAAAGAUAGGUAGGAGCAAGCCCAUGUAACGCUUUAUAGGUUAACAGUAAAACCUUGAAAUCAGCCCUUGCCUUAACAGGAAGCCAGUGUAGGGAAGCUAGCACUGGAGUAAUAUGAUCAAAUUUCUUGGUUCUAGUCAGGAUUCUAGCAGCCGUAUUUAGCACUAACUAACUUAUAUGAACUGUAACUCAGUAAAAUCUUUGAAAUUGUUGCGUUUAUAUUUGUGUUCAGUGUAUUUAGCAGUCUGGCUAUUUAGCAUUCUUAUGCCUUGGGGGUAGAAGCUGUCUCGGAGCCUGUUGGUCCGACAGCUGAUGCUCCGGUACUGUUUGCCAGAUGGUAGCAGAGUGAAAAGUCUAUGGCUUGGGUGGCUGGAGUGUUUGGCAAUUUUUCGGACCUUACUCUGACACUGCCUGGUAUAGAGGUCCUGGAUGGCAGGGAGCUCUACCCUAGUGAUGUACUGGGCUGUCCGCACCACACUCUGUAGUGCUUUGCGCUCAAGAACGGUGCCUUUGCCAUACCAAGCAGUGAUGAAGCCAGUCAAGAUGCUCUCGAUGGUGCAGCUGUAGAACUUUUUGAUUAUCUGAGGGCCCAUGCACAAAUAUUUUCUGCCUCCUGAGUGGGAAGAGGCGCAGCCAUGCCCUCUUCACGACUGUGUGGGUGUGUGUGGACCAUGUUAGGUCCUUAGUGAUGUGGACGCCAAGGAACUUAACGCUCUCGACCCGCUCAACAAUAGCUGCCCUCCCCUCUUUCUCCUACAGUCCACGAUCAGCUCCUUGGUCUUACUGACGUUGAGGGAGAGGUUGUUGUUCUGGCACCACACUGCUAAGUCUCUGACCUCCUCACUGUAGGCUGACUCAUCGCCGUUGGUGAUCAGGCAUACCAACGUUGUGUCAUCAGCAAACAUGAUGAUGGUGUUGGAGCCGUGCAUGAACACAGUCGUGGGUGAACAGGGAGUACAGAAGGGGACUAUGCACACACCCCUGAGGGGCCCCCGUGUGAGGGUCAGCAUGGAGGAGGUGUUGUUGCCUACCCUCACCACCUGGGGCUGGCCCAUCAGGAAGUCCAGGAUCCAGUUGCAGAGGGAGGGGUUCAGUCCCAGGGUCCCUAGCUUGGUGAUGAUCUUACAGGGGAUUAUUUUGUUGAACGCUGAGCUGUAGUCUAUGAACAGCAUUCUCACGUAGUUAUUUCCCCUCUUGUCCAGUUGGGAGAGGGCAGUGUGAAGUGUGUGGGUCUGGGAUGAUGGUGUUGAUGUGUGUCAUGACCAGCCUUUCAAAGCACUUCAUAUUUACAGAUGUGAGUGCUACAGGGUGAUAGUCAUUUAGGCAGGUUACCUUGGAGCUCUUGGGAACAGGGACAAUGGUGGUCAGCUUGAAACAUGUUGGGAUUACAGACUGGGACAAGGAGAAAUAGAUUGAAAAUGUCUGUGAAGACACUUACCAGUUGGUCUGCGCAUGCUAUGAGAACGCGCCUUUGUAUUCCGUCUGGCUCGGCAGCCUUGUGAUUGUUAACCUGUUGCAUGGACUCACUCUGUGUGCAAUAAUAGUGGUGAACAUGAUUUGAAUGACUACCCCAUCUCUGUACCUAGGGCUGUUACAGUGAACCUGUUACCGCCACACCAGCAGUCACGAGUCAUGAUGGCAGUCAAAUUCCACAUGACCGUUUUGUCAUGAUAAUUAGGCUUAUCCAAGCUCUGAUGCUGCUGAUGGUCAUUAGUAGCCUAUAAUGUGAAGAAAUAGCCUAAUAGUUUAUCAACAUUUUAAGCUAAACGUUCUGAUCUGUUGGUGCUUGUAUUCAUUUGGGAUCUAUCGCAUCCCACAACUGUCCCAGACUAUGUUUGGAAUAUUUAUUUCUCGCACAGAAUAGAAUAGGUCAACUUUUGUACUAUGGGUGAUAGUAGUUUGACAUAGGCUAGUGCUUUUGCUGUUCGUUAGGCCUAAUCAUCUUGUUGGCUGAUGAAAAGUAAAUGUGGACAGUUCUUCCAAUAUCUUCAAUAUGCGCCUCUGAAUUGGAUAAGGACACACACAGUUGCAUCCCUGAUGUGUCUGUCUUCACUUGUAGCCUGUGAGAAAGACCCGAGCACGUGAUAGAGAGCCUGUGAGUGAGAGGUGCUUCGAGCGCGAAGCUGGGAGAAGGGAAUUAUACUUAUUAUAUUCAGCCCAAGGGCACAACGGCCACUGGCCGUAAAAGGCAUGGAUUUUUCUAGGGGGCAUUACGGCCACACAAAGGGGAUGCCACCGGGAAAUUCAAGGCAUUAUCAAGCGCUUGUCAAAUUGUGAAUGAGAGACUGAUGAAGUGUGUACAGCCUGUGCAAAAAACAAAGCAGGGCUCAUGCCUUUCAUGCGACUUUUUUCAAAUCAUCCUUAGAGUCAUGCAGCCUUAGAAUGUAUUAAAAAUCUAAACAUAUAGCCCAACGUUUGUAUCACAACUACAGUUACAUAAGUAACUCUAAAUUAAACAUAUAGGAGUACCUGUUUCUUUGGUCCUUUGUUACGCCAGGGUACUGGGUUCGAUCCCCGGGACCACCCAUACACAAAAAAUGUAUGCACGCAUCACUGUAAGUCUCUUUGGAUAAAAGCGUCUGCUCAAUGGCAUAUUUAUUAACCGCUCAGCACAGAAUAGCCACAUGUGCGCCCUCAAAUCGUUUGGAGAAAAUAUCCUUUAUUUUUUAUUCAGCUAUGUUCAAUUGUAUUCUUCAUAGUAUAAAUUAAUAUAAAAUAAUGCCACAGAAUUCAAAGCAAAUAUUUUCUGCUAAAUGAACUAGUGUAGCCCACAGCCAUAUGAUAUAGCCAGAUCAGGGCCUAACAUAAGGACAACUCAGAGUAUGCUAUUCUGUUCUUCUGAAAUAAGCUACAUUUUCUUGAUUUCAUGUUUCUUUAGACCAAUCUAAAAUAAAUAAUGGAUUUAUUGUGAUAGUGUAGGCUAUAUUACAUGGAUUCAAGGUCUGCAUCAGUGGAUGGUAGGCUAUGCGUGGAAGCCAGGAGAUGCUAAAUGUGUUUAUGUUAAUUAAUGGUCAAUUACUGUGAGACCGGCAGUUAUUUGCUUGACAAUCACCAGCUGACGAAAUUUCAUGACCGCCACAGCACUGUCUGUACCCCACACAUACAAUUAUUUGUAAGUCAGGAAGUGAAUUUCAAGCACAGAUUCAACCACAAAACCAGGGAGGUUUUCUAAUGCCUCGCAAAGAAGGGCACCUAUUGGUAGAUGGGUGAAAAUAAAAAAAGCAGACACUGAAUAUCCCUUUGAGCUUGGUGAAUUUAUCAAUUACGCUUUGGAUGGUGUAUCAAUACACCCAGUCAUACAAAGAUACAGGCCUCCUUCCUAACUCAGUUACCGGAAAGGGAAGAAACCGCUCAGGGUUUUCACCAUGCGGCCAAUGGUGAUUUUAAAACAGUUACAGAGUUUAAUGGCUGUGAUGCGAGAAGAAAACUGAGGAUGGAUCAACAACAUUAACAGCCAAUAGAAGGUCAUCAUAACACACCCCUUCUUACAUGUGUCUCUUCGGAUCAAUCUUCUUCAGGUGAACCAGGGGCUUGAGCUGCUCAGCAAAAAUGACAGAGUGAAAAGAAGGAAGCUUGUAGAGAAAAACAAAUAUUCCAAAACAUGCAUCCUGUUUGCAAUAAGGCACUAAAGUAUUACUGUAAAAACUGUGACAAAGAAAUUUAUUUUUGUCCUGAAUACAAACACAACCCAUCACUGACUACCACUCUACAUAUUUUCAAGCAUGGUGGUGGCUGCAUCAUGUUAUGGGUAUGCUUGUCAUCGGCAAGGACUAGGGAGUUAUUUAGGAUAAAAAAAGAAAUAGAGCUAAGCACAGGCAAAAUCUUAAAGGAAAACCUGGUUCAGUCUGCUUUCCAACAGAAACUGGGAGACAGAUUCACCUUUCAGCAGGACAAUAACCUAAAACACAAGGCCAAAUAUACACUGGAGUUGCUUACCAAGACAACACUGAAUGUUCCUGAGUGGCCUAGUUACAGUUUUGACUUAAAUCUGCUUGAAAAUGUAUGGCAAGAUUUGAAAAUGGCUGUCUAGCAAUGAUCAACAACCAACUUGACAGAGUUGAAUUUCUUAAAAUAAUAAUGGGCAAAUGUUAUACAAUCCAGGUAUGCAAAGCUCUUAGAGACUUACCCCAAAACACUCACAGCUGUAAUUGUUACCAAAGGUGAUUCUAACAUUUAUUGACUCAGGGGGUUGAAUACUUCCAGUAUCUAAUUGUAUUUUUCAUUAAUAAAUAAAAAAAGUCGAAUAAUUUUUCUUUCACUUUGACAUUACAGAGUAUUGUAUGUGGAAUGUUGACACAAAAUGACAAUUCAAUCAAUUUGAAUCCCACUUUGUAACAUAACAAUAUGUGUCAAAAGUCAAGGCGUGUGAAUAAAUUCUGAAGGUACUGUAUGUCUGUCUGGAUGUCUGUCUGUCUCUCUGUCGGUCUUGCUGGUUGGCUGACUGGCUCUGUCUGUCUGCCUGUCUGUCUGAAUUGACAAUGUAUAAUUCCUCUGCUACCUCUAUCCCUAGCCUGGCCCUCAAUACCUCUAUCGCUUUUCUUGUCUUUAUACAGUGAGGGAAAAAAUUAUUUGAUCCCCUGCUGAUUUUGUAUGUUUGCCCACUGACAAAGAAAUGAUCAGUCUAUAAUUUUAAUGGUAGGUUUAUUUGAACAGUGAGAGACAGAAUGACAAAAAUGUUAUAAAUUGAUUUGCAUUUUAAUGAGGGAAAUAAGUAUUUGACCCCCUCUCAAUCAGAAAGAUUUCUGGCUCCCAGGUGUCUUUUAUACAGGUAACGAGCUGAGAUUAGGAGCAUACUCUUAAAACCCCUAAUCUCAGUUUUUUAACCUGUAUAAAAGACACCUGUCCACAGAAGCAAUCAAUCAAUCAGAUUCCAAACUCUCCACCAUGGCCAAGACCAAAGAGCUCUCCAAGGAUGUCAGGGACAAGAUUGUAGACCUACACAAGGCUGGAAUGGGCUACAAGACCAUCGCCAAGCAGCUUGGUGAGAAGGUGACAACAGUUGGUGCGAUUAUUCGCAAAUGGAAGAAACACAAAAGAACUGUCAAUCUCCCUCGGCCUGGGACUCCAUGCAAGAUCUCACCUCGUGGAGUUGCAAUGAUCAUGAGAACGGUGAGGAAUCAGCCCAGAACUACACGGGAGUAUCUUGUCAAUUUUCUCAAGGCAGCUGGGACCAUAGUCACCAAGAAAACAAUUUGUAACACACUACGCCGUGAAGGACUGAAAUCCUGCAGCGCCUGCAAGGUCCCCCUGCUCAAGAAAGCACAUAUACAGGGCCGUCUGAAGUUUGACAAUGAACAUCUGAAUGAUUCAGAGGAGAACUGGGUGAAAGUGUUGUGGUCAGAUGAGACCAAAAUCGAGCUCUUUGGCAUCAACUCAACUCGCCGUGUUUGGAGGAGGAGGAAUGCUGCCUAUGACCCCAAGAAACCCAUCCCAACCGUCAAACAUGGAGGUGGAAACAUUAUGCUUUGGGGGUGUUUUUCUGCUAAGGGGACAGGACAACUUCACCGCAUCAAAGGGACGAUGGACGGGGCCAUGUACCGUCAAAUCUUGGAUGAGAGCCUCCUUCCCUCAGCCAGGGCAUUGAAAAUGGGUCGUGGAUGGGUAUUCCAGCAUGACAAUGACCCAAAACACACAGCCAAGGCAACAAAGGAGUGGCUCAAGAAGAAGCACAUUAAGGUCCUGGAGUGGCCUAGCCAGUCUCCAGACCUUAAUCCCAUAGAAAAUCUGUGGAGGGAGCUGAAGGUUCGAGUUGCCAAACAUCAGCCUCGAAACCUUAAUGACUUGGAGAAGAUCUGCCUAGAGGAGUAGGACAAAAUCCCUCCUGAGAUGUGUGCAAACCUGGUGGCCAACUACAAGAAACGUCUGACCUCUGUGAUUGCCAACAAGGGUUUUGCCACCAAGUACUAAGUCAUGUUUUGCAGAGGGGUCAAAUACUUAUUUCCCUCAUUAAAAUGCAAAUCAAUUUAUAACAUUUUUGACAUGCGUUUUUCUGGAUUUUUUUGUUGUUAUUCUGUCUCACUGUUCAAGUAAUCCUACCAUUAAAAUUAUAGACUGAUCAUUUCUUUGUCAGUGGGCAAACGUACAAAAUCAGCAGGGGAUCAAAUACUUUUUUCCCUCACUGUAUCUGCUUUCGUCUAUGCUUCGAUGACUCAUGUUUCCAUCUCUUCCCACUCUCUCCCCAUCUUGAUCUUUCCCUCUUUCACUCAUCAAUUAUUCUUGCCCUUCCCUCCUCAACUCUUGUAUUUAACUGUCCUCUCCCCAUAUGCCAUCCUACACAUAAUCCUUUCUCCCCCUCUCUCAGGCAGUGCUGUGUCAGUGUUGAAUGGACCAGUGUUGGCUGAGGAUAAAGACAUUGGGCCCAACGCUGUGGUCAGGUACCGUUUGCUGGGAACAAGACUGGACCUCUUCACUGUGGACUCUGAUACAGGUCUGACACACACACACACAUAAUGGUCACUUAAUCACACACCACUAAUACAUGCACACUCAAACACACAUACACACACUCUCACUCACAACCCCACACACAUAUAAUUAAUCAAAACUUAAGUCAAAUCAAAUUUUAUUAGUCACAUGCUUCGUAGACAACAGGUGCAGACUAACAGUGAGAUGCUUACUUCAUCACCAAUUAACCCACUGCCUGUACCUCUCCCCUGUUCCCCCCUGCAGGUGUGGUGCGUGUGCGACAGAGGGCUCUGUUGGACCGCGAGGCGUUUGUGGAGCCGCGGGUGGAGCUGCUCCUGGUGGGGGAGGAUGUGGGGGGGCUCAACAGCAGCGUGCCCCUCACUGUGACUAUCAUGGACCAGAACGACAACCCUCCUGUCUUUAAUCCACCCAGCCUCACUGUGCACCUCCCUGAGAACAGCCCCACUGGUGAGUGUGUGUUGAUGGGUGGGUGGGUGGAUGGAUGGUGGUGUGUGGGGGUGUGUGUGUGGGUUGGUUCUUCUAUCCUAAAAUCCCCCAAAGUCCCCAAAAGGAUAGUAAAACAAGAAAAUGUCUCCCUUGUGGGGACAUUUCCCACAUCCCCAUGAGGACAAAGGCUAUUUUUAGCUUAGGGGUUAGGUUUAGGGUUAGGGUUACAAUUAGGGUUUGGGUAAGGGGUUAGUGGUUAGGGUUAGGAGUUAGGUUCAGGGUUAGGGGUUAGGGAAAAUAGGAUUUUGAAUGGAAAUACAUUUUAGGUCACCACGAGGAUAGAAGAACAUAACGUGUGUGUGUGUGUCUGUGUGACUCUAUGCAUGCAUGUACAUAGAUAUUACACUAAUCCCCCCAAGCCACAGAUACAUGCACAAAUACAUCCAUUGCUACAAUGAUUUUUGGACUUUUUAAUGAAUGAUAUAUACCCAUUGAUUCUUGAAGAAUAUAACUUGAAAUGCCCCAGGCUUAGUUCAACUGUCGUACUCCAUCAGAACCCAAAAUAUAAGCUUGUUUUACUCCAUUGUUUGUAAACAAUGUAAUUGUAAAUAAACACUGUAUAGCCUCCAACUAUACUUUUGAUAAUAAUAAUAAUAUAAUAUGCCAUUUAGCAGACGCUUUUAUCCAAAGCGACUUACAGUCAUGUGUGCAUAAAUGUUUACGUAUGGGUGGUCCGGGGGAUCGAACCCACUACCCUGGCGUUACGAGCGCCAUGCUCUACCAAUUGAGCUACAGAGGACCAUGGAUGGUAAGUCCUUGCAUCCAUAGCUCUGUCUAUGAAUUUGAGAGUGGUUACAUUUCGCCAACCCCAGCUGUGUACCGAAACAGUGGAGGGGUGACGCUUUGUUAUUGUUUGAACUGCAGAUUUCCCUUUUAAGCCUAGUCCUGGAAAAAAAUAUAUUUCAAUGGAGAUUCUCCAUUGAACAUUCUUUUUAGUUCAGGACUAGGCUUAAUCUGUCUGGGAAACAUGCCCUUUGUGUUCUAUCCUAACCUCUGUGUCCUCUCUUCCGUCGUUUCUCUCUGUUCUAGGUGUGGUGGUGACCCAGCUGUCUGCCAGUGACGCUGAUUCGGGCUCUAACGCCUGGCUACUCUACCGGCUGGAGAGCGGUGCCCAGGACCGCUUCAUAGUUGACUCCCUCUCUGGUGCCGUCCUGGUGGGCAACGCCACCCUCGACCGCGAGGAGCGUGGCUCCUACCGUCUGGUCGUCGUGGCUACCGACCGUGGCACACCCUCAUUGUCGGGCACGGCCACCCUGUCGGUCAUCCUGGAUGACGUCAACGACUCGCGACCGCGUUUCCUGGAACCUGUGACAACUAUUAACAUAAAUGAGUCUACGGCGCCGGGCGUGGUGGUGGCAACGCUCACUGCGAAUGACCCUGACCUACGACCCCGGCUGGAAUAUUACAUAAUCUCUGUGGAGGCGAAGGAUGAUGGGAAUAAACCCUGUUGUUGGGCUGCAAGAGUCAUUCGGCAUCGAUUUCCACAC